CCGGUGAGGAGCCGAGAAGCGGGGAAAAGGAGGCGCGGAGUCGGGAGCGCGGCGGGAGAGGCGGAGGGUGAGGGCACGGGGGCGUCCGGCCGGCACUCGCAGGCCCGCGGAGCAGUAGCCGCCGCUGCCUGACCGCAGACAUGGAGGAGAGCAGCGGCGUCACAGUGCUGGUGCCGGGCGUCGGGCAGCAGGAAGCCAUCCUGGCGGCCGGAACCAUCAUCAGUUCCUCCCUGGAAAUCGACGCGCAGAGUGCCGCUAAGGCAGACCCGCUGGUCCACGUCAUCCAGAAGCUAAGCAAGAUCGUGGAACACGAAAAGUCCCAGAAAUGUCUUUUAAUCGGGAAGAAACGCGCACGUUCAGGGGCUGGGACAUGCUCUCCUGAAAGCCAGGAAUUCUGGGAAAUUCCAGCCAAGGCAGCCCUGCCUCCUGCUGCUGCGGGCGGGAGGGCCGCGCCGUCACAAGGGCCCCUGCGCCCCGGGGCUCUCGCCCAGGAUGACGGGAAGGGGAUGUCUUACCAGUGCAGCCUUUGCCAGUUUCUGUCGCCGUCGUUCGCUGUGUUAAGGGACCACAUCAAGCAGCACGGUCAGGAGAACGAAGUGAUCCUGAUGUGCUCGGAGUGCCGCGUGACGUCCAGAAGCCAGGAAGAACUGGAGGCCCACGUGGCCAACGACCACGAGAACGAUGCCCCCGGUCUCGGUCAGCCCCGAGCCCAGCUGUGCGCGAGCCCCCCCGACGCCGCCGGCCCGGGACCCACGGAGAGGAAGGGCAAGGCCAGCGCCGACCCCGCUGGCAGCGCGAGCAGCCCACAGAGGCGCCCCGCCCCCGCGGCGCCCAAGGCGGGCGUGGGGAGGGGGAAGUGGUACGCCUACGAACAGUACGGCAUGUAUCGGUGCUUGUUCUGCAGCUACACGUGCGGGCAGCAGAGAAUGCUGAAAACGCACGCGUGGAAACACGCCGGGGAGGUCGACUGCUCCUACCCGAUAUUUGAGAACGAGAACGAGCCCCUGGGCCUGCUGGACUCUCCAGUGGCUCCUGCCCCCAGCACGGUCGAUGCCGUGGUCAUCGCCAUCGGAGAGAACGAGCUGAGCAUCCACAAUGGGCCGUCUGUCCAGGUGCAGAUUUGCCGCUCGGAGCCGCUGUCCUCGACGCCUUUAGAGCAGGGUGCCGAGGGGGGCGUCGGCCUCGGUCAGUCGGUGACCCUCGACCCCACCGAGGAGGACGUGCUCGAGGUGAUUACGGACGCAGAGGAGAGUCGGGUGGCCGACAGCCUGCUCUUGUCGGCACAGAAGAUCGUCAGCAGCAGCCCCAAUAGAAAAGGUCACGUGAAUGUGAUCGUGGAGCGUCUGCCGAGUGCGGAAGAGCCCGUGUCCCAGAAGCCUUUCCUUGUGGGCGCCGCCAUCGAAGAGGGAGACAGCCUGCCCCCGACGGAGGCCCGGGCCGGGUCCGAAGGGGGAGGCGGGGCGUGUCGGGCGAGCCAGUGCACCGUCGACAUCGGGGGGCUGAUCAUAGGCUGGAGCAGCGCAGAGAAGAAGGAGAGCGAGUUACUCCAUCAGGGGCUGGCCCCUGACGAGAACGCCCCCCCAGGCCGAAGGAGGACGAACUCCGAGUCCCUUAGGCUGCACUCGCUCGCGGCAGAAGCCCUGGUCACGAUGCCAAUCCGAGCUGCUGAGCUCACGAGAGCCAGUCUUGGGCACUACGGGGACGCGAGCCUCCUGGACCCGGACACGGGGCAGAAGCAGGCGGACGGCACGCGGGCGGCAUAUUCUAAGAUGAUGUCACCACUGAAAAACUCCUCGAACGGGCUGACGGGCUUCCGCCCGAGCAGCUGCCCCCUGGUGGCCCUGCCGGAGGGCGGGCAGGCCUUGUCCGACGGGCAGGCGAAGACGGGCAUCAGCGUGUCCCUGCUCACGGUCAUCGAGAAGCUGAGGGAGAGGACGGACCAGGAUGCCUCCGACGAGGACAUCCUGAAGGAGCUGCAGGACAACGCGCAGCGCCAGCCCAGCGGCGAGGCCGCCCUGUCAGGCAGCGGCGUGGUGGAGUACCUCCCGAACGCCGAGCGGCCCUACCGCUGCCGCCUCUGCCACUAUGCAAGUGGGAACAAGGGCUACAUCAAGCAGCACCUGCGGGUCCAUCGGCAGCGGCAGCCCUACCAGUGUCCGAUCUGUGAGCACGUGGCGGACAGCAGCCGGGAGCUGGAGAGCCACAUGGUGCACCACUGCAAGGCCCGGCUGUACCCGUGCAAGCGCUGCGCAGAGGCGUUCCACUACAAGAGUCAGCUGAGGAACCACGAGAGGGAACGGCACAGGCUUCCCGAGGCCUCAUCAGAAGCGGCAUCCCCCGAGCCGGGGCUCCCCAGGGACACGGCCGAGGCGAAGUGCGCCCAGGAAGGGAAUCAGCCUUCAGUCCAGAAACAGUACCGCUGCGACGUGUGCGAUUACACGAGUACGACGUGUGUGGGUGUCAGAAACCACAGGCGAACCCAUAACUCUGACAAGCCCUACAGGUGCUCUCUAUGCGGGUACGUGUGCAGCCACCCCCCGUCUCUGAAGUCCCACAUGUGGAAGCACGCGAGCGACCAGAACUACAACUAUGAGCAGGUGAACAAGGCCAUCAACGACGCCAUCUCUCAGAGCGGCAGGGUUCUGGGGAAGCCCCAGGGAAAGACUGUCUCAAACAGCAGUGAAGAACGAGCUGGUCCGUCCCCAGGAAGUCCGGACGGGGCGGCGUCGCCCCCUGAGCUGGCCCCCCAGGCCUCUCCGGAGAGCGGGAAGCGGAGCCCCGCCAGCCCCGCCCCAAGGGGACUGGAGAAGAGCGGGAGCGUGGCCCCUCCGGGGACUGAGUUCUGCGUCCUGCUCUUCUGCUGCUGCAUCUGCGGCUUCGAAUCGACGAGCAAGGAGAACCUCCUGGACCACAUGAAGGAGCACGAGGGAGAGAUAGUGAACAUCAUCCUGAGCAGGGACCACGGCCCCGCCCUGAACGCCAGCUGA